AAGCCUCACGCUAUUGGUUAGCAACCGCAUGUUAUCGAAACUCUUCCUGAAACGCUUUAUGGCUAAUGACAAAACGAUAUUAUGAAGCAGUAACUGCGUUUUACGGCCACAAACCCCUCUGUUUAAGUUGCAUUUACUUCUGUCUGAUAUAAUCUGAUGUGGAGCAGAAUACUGAGCUCUCGUGUGACCGGAGGAACAGGUUUCUAUUGUAGGAGUCUCUACACUAUGAAGCUGAAGACCAGUGAGUUCCAGUCUCUGUUCACUGAUGGACUGAAUGGAAUAGCAGAGCUGUUUGAGAAGCAUCAGCAUGAGCUGAGGAUUGCUGGAGGUGCUGUUCGGGACCUGCUGUCUGGGAAGCGGCCCGAAGAUGUAGACUUUGCCACAACAGCCACUCCAGAGGAGAUGAAGCGUAUGUUCCAAGGUGCUGGUAUCAGGAUGAUCAACAAUAAAGGAGAGAAGCAUGGGACUAUUACAGCAAGGCUAAAUGAUGAGAACUUUGAGGUGACCACGUUGCGAGUGGACGUUCAGACAGAUGGACGUCAUGCAGAGGUGGAAUUCACCACUGACUGGCUGAAAGAUGCUGAGCGGAGAGACCUCACCAUCAACUCCAUGUUUUUAGGUCUCGAUGGCACAUUAUACGACUACUUCAAAGGAUAUGAAGACCUGCAGAACCGUAAAGUUCGAUUUGUUGGCAGUGCUGAGCAAAGAAUUCAAGAGGACUACCUGAGAAUACUGCGAUAUUUCAGGUUCUAUGGCAGGGUGGCUUUGGAGCCUGAUGACCACGAGCCUGAGACGUUGACCGCAAUUAGGGAAAACAGCUGUGGACUGGCUGGAAUAUCAGGAGAACGGAUCUGGGUGGAACUGAAAAAGAUGGUGGUUGGUAACCAUGCUGCUCAUCUGCUGGAGCUGAUGUACAGGCUGGAACUGGCUCAGUACAUGGGUUUACCUCCAGAUGGCGAUGUUGAGGAGAUGAAGAGAGUGUGGCAGAAUGCCAAAGACCACUCUCCCAAACCCAUGACCAUCCUAGCAGCUCUCCUCCACUCCCCAGAGGAGGUGGAAAAGAUGGACCUCCGACUUAAGGUGUCCAAGGAGGAGAAAAAUCUGGGUCUGUUCCUGGUCAAACACAGACGGGAGCUCUGCAAGAGUGAAGACGGGACAGACAGCCUAAAACCCUUCACUGAUUUCAUCAUUGACAAUCGGGAGCUGGAUACUCGGAGCAAAGUAUGUGAGCUGCUGAAGUACCAAGGUGAGGAGAAGCUGCUGGCAGAGCUCCACAGGUGGUCCAUCCCCCGAUUCCCUGUCAGUGGUCAUGAUCUAAGGAGGAUGGGUGUCACGUCAGGCAAGGAGAUAGGUGCCACCUUACAGAAGCUCCGUGACAUCUGGAAAAAAAGUCAUUAUCAGAUGGACAAAGAUGAACUCCUCAGUUAUGUAAAGUGAUAAAUGAACAGAAAGGCAGAAGUGUUUUUGUGCCAGACGACAAUAACAGACACUUGACACUGUAAUUGUGCUGCUCACAGGUAUUGAUCGAGCAGGCUGAUGCAUAUUGUUGACCGAGGGCACUACAAGAGCUGAGACGUGAAUACCCACCGAUGAAUGCGAUUUCCUUCUAAAUUACCCCCAGGCCACUUUUGUUCAUCUGCAUCGCCGUGUGAAUUUGAAGAGAUCUCACACGAUAUUCUCUAAUUAUCACAGCUGCCAUCUUGUGGGAAAAUGUUUAAUGGACAGCAGAUUUCAUCAUAUGUGUUAUUACAGAGCCCUGCUAUUUCUCUAAGUUCCUCAGAUAAACAGCUGGUACUGUACUGAUGCUCAGCCAAUUCACAUUCUAACUUUGUCACUUGUGCGAUGAAGUAAGAGGAUACAUGGAGGUAGGAAUCAGAAUAGGUGAUGAAUAAAAUGUCAGGUCAGUUACUAUUUAAAAAAAUUAAUUUUCUUUGUUGGAACAGUAAUGCAAAGCAUUAGUUUGGUUGUGAUUUGUUGGCUGUCUUAAGUUUAACUGCAGUUAUUUAUCAUUUCUUUAUGUGUUUAGUAAAGGAAAAAAAGUUCUAUCAAAAAUGUUAUACUUUUUAAUUAAAGAGACUGACAUGCUG